GCCAAAUUCUGAGUGCAUGUUAGGAGUAGAAGUAAUAACGAAGAAACAAACAAAACGAUCUAGCUUAUAUUAAUGUUAGCAAAUAUCUAUAAUACCGUGUUCGGGUAACGUUUAAGGAUUGAGGAUGUUAAAUUAGACAAAAAAAAAUAGGCUGAUUUAUUUGACUGUAGACUUACAGAAGGCAAGUGAAUGUAAACACUUUAGGGAGAUCUGUAACUAUUACUGGAGAAUAAAGUAAAGAAAAAUCCGCAAUGGUUUUGCAGAACAGCGGGAGAUAUAAAGCGGACUGGGGUGGAGGAGCAGAUCAGGACAAACAGCAGGAUGACGCGUCUAAUUUGUCCGCCGUCAAGCGGCUUGAGCGCAGUCAGUUCACAGACGAGAUGGACGCCCGCUACGGCUUCGAGCGCAUGAAGGAGCCGGGAGAGAAAACAGGCUGGUUGAUCAACAUGCACCCGACGGAGAUUCUGGAUGAUGAUAAGAGGAUGAUCAGUGCAGUGGAUUAUUAUUUCAUUCAGGAGGACGGCAGCAGGUUUAAGGUUGCACUGCCAUAUAAGCCGUACUUCUACGUAGCGACAAAGAAGAACUGUGAGAGAGAAGUCGUCUCCUUUUUAUCAAAGAAGUUCCAGGGAAAGAUUGCGAAGCUAGAGACCGUUCCCAAGGAGGACCUUGACCUGCACAACCACCUGGUGGGCCUGAAGAGGAACUACAUCAAACUGUCCUUUAACACGGUGGACGAUCUGAUCAAGGUGAAGCGUGAGAUCUCCCCUGCUGUGAAGAAGAACAGAGAGAGGGAGAACUCUAACGACGCCUACACCAGCAUGCUGUCCAGUGCUCUUGUGGGUGGGAGCGUCAUGACUGCUGACGAAGACGGCACGUCUAAGAAAAUGGCCGAGCAGCUGGACAACAUCGUGGACAUGAGAGAGUACGACGUGCCUUACCACGUCAGACUGUCCAUCGACCUAAAGAUCCACGUGGCUCACUGGUAUAACGUGCGGUACCGAGGAAGCGCUUAUCCCCCGGAGAUCCUGCGUCGGGAUGACCUGGUGGAAAGACCAGAUCCUGUCGUCUUGGCGUUCGAUAUCGAGACCACUAAACUCCCUCUAAAGUUCCCCGACGCAGAAACUGACCAGAUCAUGAUGAUCUCGUACAUGAUCGACGGACAGGGUUUCCUUAUCACUAACAGAGAGAUCGUCUCGGAGGACAUCGAGGAUUUUGAGUUCACCCCCAAGCCGGAGUACGAGGGCCCUUUCACCGUGUUUAACGAGCCUGACGAGGCUGCUCUUAUUCAGAGAUGGUUCGAGCACAUCCAUGAGACCAAACCCAACAUUUUUGUCACCUAUAACGGGGACUUUUUCGACUGGCCGUUUGUAGAGACGCGUGCGGCUCAUCACAACCUCAACAUGCAUCAAGAGAUCGGGUUUCAGAAGGACAGCCAGGGAGAGUACAAGGCCAGCCAGUCUAUUCACAUGGACUGCCUCAGAUGGGUGAAGAGAGACAGCUACCUGCCUGUCGGGAGCCACAACCUGAAAGCAGCAGCGAAGGCCAAGCUGGGUUACGACCCCGUGGAGUUGGACCCGGAAGAGAUGUGCCGCAUGGCCACCGAGGAGCCACAGACUUUGGCCACGUACUCGGUGUCCGACGCCGUGGCUACCUACUAUCUCUACAUGAAAUACGUCCAUCCCUUUAUCUUCGCCCUGUGCACCAUCAUUCCCAUGGAGCCUGACGAGGUGUUGCGUAAAGGUUCCGGGACGCUGUGCGAGGCGUUGUUGAUGGUCCAGGCUUUCCACGUCAAUAUCGUUUUCCCGAACAAGCAGGAGCAGGUGUUCAAUAAGCUCACAGACGACGGUCAUGUCCUGGACUCGGAGACCUACGUGGGCGGACACGUCGAGGCUCUGGAGUCGGGGGUGUUCCGCAGUGACAUCCCGUGCCGCUUUAAAAUGAAUCCGGCGGCGUUCGACUUCCUGCUUCAGAGGGUGGAGCGGACGAUGCGUCAUGCCGUCGAGGAAGAGGAGCAGAUUCCUCUGGAGCAAGUCACAAACUUUAAUGAGGUUUGUGAUGACAUCAAGAAGAAGCUGAUCUCUUUGAAGGAAGUUCCGAACAGGAUCGAGUGUCCUCUUAUUUACCAUCUCGACGUGGGCGCCAUGUACCCCAACAUCAUCCUCACCAACAGACUGCAGCCGUCUGCCAUGGUGGAUGAGGCGACCUGUGCCGCUUGUGACUUUAAUAAACCUGGAGCGACCUGCCAAAGAAGGAUGGCCUGGCAGUGGAGAGGAGAGAUCAUGCCAGCCAGUCGUAGCGAGUUCCACCGUAUUCAGCAGCAGUUGGAGUCUGAGAAAUUCCCGCCUCUGUUUCCUAACGGAAAACCCCGUGCCUUUCACGAGCUUAACAGAGAGGAACAGGCUCGGCACGAAAAGAAACGUCUGGGAGAUUACUGUCGAAAGGCGUAUAAGAAGGUCCACUUGACGAGGCUGGAGGAGAGAGUCACUACGAUAUGUCAGAGAGAGAAUUCCUUCUACGUGGACACGGUUCGAGCGUUCAGAGAUCGCCGCUACGAGUUUAAAGGCCUGCAUAAGGUGUGGAAGAAGAAGCUUUCUGUGGCUCAGGAGAAAGGCGACGCUGCGGAAGUGAAGCGCUGUAAAAACAUGGAGAUUCUUUAUGAUUCUCUGCAGCUCGCCCAUAAAUGCAUCCUUAACUCCUUCUACGGAUACGUCAUGAGAAAAGGAGCGAGGUGGUAUUCCAUGGAAAUGGCAGGGAUUGUUUGUCACACAGGGGCGAAUAUCAUCACACAGGCCAGAGAGCUGAUUGAACAGAUAGGGAGACCUUUAGAACUGGACACUGAUGGGAUCUGGUGUGUCCUGCCGAACUCCUUCCCUGAGAACUUCGUAAUCAAAUCUAGUAACGAGAAGAAGCCCAAAGUGACCAUCAGUUACCCCGGAGCCAUGCUGAACAUCCUGGUCAAGGCAGGCUUUACCAACGAUCAGUACCAGGAGCUGGUGGACCCGGCCUCGCUCACCUAUGAGACGAGGUCGGAGAACAGCAUCUUCUUUGAGGUGGACGGACCAUACCUGGCCAUGAUCCUGCCAGCGUCUAAAGAGGAGGGCAAGAAGCUGAAGAAAAGAUAUGCCGUGUUCAACGAGGACGGCUCUCUGGCUGAGCUGAAGGGUUUCGAGGUGAAGAGGAGAGGAGAGCUCCAGCUCAUUAAGAUCUUCCAGUCGUCCGUGUUCGAGGCUUUCCUCAAAGGCACCACUCUGGAGGAAGUCUACGCCUCGGUCGCCAAAGUGGCCGACUACUGGCUGGAUGUGCUGUACAGCAAGGCAGCCAACAUGCCAGACGCGGAGCUCUUCGAGUUGAUCUCGGAAAACCGCUCCAUGUCCCGGAAGCUUGAAGACUACGGCGAGCAGAAGUCCACGUCCAUCAGCACGGCCAAACGUCUGGCGGAGUUUCUCGGCGAUCAGAUGGUGAAGGACGCAGGGCUGAGCUGUCGCUACGUCAUCUCUCGCAAACCAGAGGGCUCACCUGUUACUGAGAGGGCGAUUCCUCUGGCCAUAUUCCAAGCUGAACCCAGCGUUAAGAAGCACUUUCUGCGCAAAUGGCUGAAGAUGCCCAGCCUCCACGACAUGGACAUCAGAUCCAUCCUGGACUGGAGUUACUACAUUGAGAGGUUGGGCAGUGCCAUUCAGAAGAUCAUCACCAUUCCAGCAGCACUACAGCAGGUGAAAAACCCAGUGCCGCGAGUGCGCCAUCCAGACUGGCUGCAUAAAAAGCUUCUGGAAAAGAACGACAUCUACAAACAAAAGAAGAUCAGCGAGAUGUUCACCAGUGAAGGAAAGAGACAGGUGAAUAAUCAGGCAGAACCAGGUAAGACUCCUGAUAUGGAGGAUUUCGGUGCUCCACAGCGCCCCCUGCAGCCUGCCAUCCUCAUUAGCACCAAGAGGAAGCGGUCGUCUCAGGCUGAGGACAGCCAGACCGAGUCUCAGGAGCUGGAGCUCACGCAGUCCUGGAGAGAGAUCCUGGGUCCUCCGCCACCUAUGGGUACAACACAGGAGGAAAGGCUGGUGUGGCUGCGCUACCAUAAGAAGAAGUGGGAGCUGCAGAUCCGGCAGAGGAAAGAGCGCAGGAAGAGGCGUCGCAUGCUGGACGGAGAGUCUCAUCCAACCGGAGGCGGAGUGAUCAGGGACGGGCCAAGCACAGGGCUGGGGAGCUUCCUCCGCAGGACGGCCAGGAGCAUUCUGGACAUGCCGUGGCAAAUAGUACAGAUUGCUGAAACCAGUCACCCGGGCCUGUAUAAGCUGUGGGCGGUGAUCGGCACUGACCUGCACUGCAUGAAGCUGAAUAUCCCGCGUGUGUUUUAUGUCAAUCAAAAAGUCCCCAAACAGGAAGAGGGGGCCAACUACAAAAAGGUGAACAGGAUUUUGCCACGCUCCAACGUGGUGUAUUACCUGUACCAGUACUCCGUGCCCGAGGACAUGUAUCAGGAACACAUCAACGAGAUCAAUGCCGACCUUUCUGCCCCAGACAUAGAGGGCGUCUACGAGACGCAGGUGCCGCUGCUGUUCCGUGCGCUGGUGCAGCUCGGCUGCGUGGCUAUGGUCAACAAGCAGGUGGUGAGAGCGCUGGCUGGCCGGGAAGCCGACACCUUCGACCUGGAGCACCUGGAGAUGCGAUCGCUGGCUCAGUUCAGCUACCUGGAGCCAGGUAGCGUGAGACAUAUCUACCUGUACCAUCACGGUCAGGGCCACAAGGCUCUGUUUGGGCUCUUCAUCCCGUCCCAGCGCAAAGCCAGCGUCUUCGUCCUCGACACGGUUCGGAGUAAUCAGAUGCCCAACUUGAGUACUCUGUACGGCGUGGAGCGAACUGCGCUGUUGGAGAAGACCUCAGAGGAGCUCCUGCCUCCAGAGAAGCACCUGUUCGAAGUGCGCGCCGAGAACGACGUGAAGGCUAUCUACCGCGCUGUGCAGCGCAUUCUGCUCAGCUAUAAGGAGGAGCGUCGUGGUCCCACUCUCAUCGCCGUCCAGUCUAACUGGGAGCUACGGCGUCUGGCGGCCGGCUUGACCGUUCUAGAGGAAUUUCCCGUGGUUCCUGUGCACGUGACGGAUGACAUCAGCUACAGCGUGCUGGACUGGCAGCGGCACGGCGCCCGCCGCAUGAUCAAACACUACUUAAACCUGGACAGCUGUCUUUCACAGGCCUUCGACAUGGCCAGGUAUUACCACCUUCCCGUAGGGAACCUACCCGAGGACAUCUCCAUAUUUGGCUCGGACCUCUUUCUGGCCCGUCACUUGCGUAAACACAACCACAUACUGUGGCUUUCUCCGACGGCGAGACCCGACCUCGGGGGCAAAGAGGCAGACGACAGCCGGCUGGUGAUGGAGAGCGACGAGCGGGGCUCGGUGGAGAUCAACGCUCCGGGAUGCUUCUCCACAGUGUGCGUGGAGUUGGACAUUCAGAGCCUGGCGGUGAACACCAUCCUCCAAUCGCAGCACGUGAACGACAUGGAGGGCGGAGCCAGCAUGGGCGUGAGUUUCGAUGUCAUUCAGCACGCGUCACUGGAGGACAUGAUGUCCGGUAACCAUGGGGCGCCCGCCGUGGCUAGUUACGACGAGACGGCGCUCUGCUCCAACACGUUCAGGAUCCUGAAGAGCAUGGUGGUCGGCUGGGUGAGGGAGAUCACUCAGUACCAUAACGUGUACGCGGAUAAUCAGGUGAUGCACUUCUACCGCUGGCUGCGCUCCCCCAGCUCGCUCCUGUACGACCCGGCGCUGCACCGCACGCUGCUCAACAUGAUGAAGAAGAUUUUUCUCCAGCUGGUUGCUGAGUUCAAGCGCCUCGGUUCCUCUGUGGUCUACGGGAACUUCAACCGUAUCAUCCUGAGUACGAAGAAACGGCGCAUCGAUGACGCCAUCGCCUACGUGGAGUACAUCACCAAAAGCAUCCAUUCCCGGGAGAUCUUCCACUCUCUGUCCAUCACCUUUUCCAGAUGUUGGGAGUUUCUGCUGUGGAUGGAUCCAGCGAACUACGGAGGAGUGAAAGGCAAAGUGCCCUCCAGCAUAAUGUACGGAGAGACUGAUACAGACAAGAAAAAGAAGCGAAAGAAGGAAGGAGAGGAUGAGGGCAGCGAGGAUGAGGAGGAGGAGGAGGAUGAGCAAGAGGAAGAGCGAGAUGGAGAUGAGGAUGAGGUGGAGGAUCUGAUUGAGAGCAGCUGGAACAUCAUGCAUUACCUGCCUCAGGCUGCGUCAUGUCAGAAGUACUUCCUCAUGAUCAUUUCAGCGUACAUCGCCGCAGUGUAUCACAGCAUGAGGGAGGAGCUCCGGAGAAACGCUCCCGGAGCCACGCCCAUAAAGAGGCGGGGCGGAAGCCAAGCGUCUCAGCAGCCCGCUGGUGACGUCAGCGCGCUUCCUGGGAUGAUCACCUUCUCUCAGGAGUACGUGUCGAGCGAGCUCACGCAGAACAUCUUCACCAUCACGCAGAAGAUCCAAAAAAAGGUGUGCGGCACACGCAGCGUGGCCCAGCCCUCGGAAAUGUUCCCCGUGCUCCCGGGGUCACAUCUGCCCCUCAACAACCCCGCGCUGGAGUUCAUCAAAUAUGUCUGUCAGGUCCUCUCGCUGGACGCCAACAUCGUGAACCAGGUGAAUAAGCUGAAGCGGGAUCUCCUGCGCUUGGUGGACGUUGGGGAGUUUUCCGAGGACGCUCAGUUCCGAGACCCGUGCAACUCCUACAUCCUGCCCGAGGUCAUCUGCCACCAGUGCAACUAUUGUCGCGACCUCGACCUCUGCAAGGACCCUUCCGUAGCCCAGGACGGCUCGGUAUUGCCGCAGUGGUUCUGCUCUAACUGCCAGGCGCAGUACGACACCGACGCCAUAGAGAUGGCGCUAGUGGAGGCUCUGCAGAAGAAGCUGAUGAGUUACACGCUGCAGGACCUGGAGUGCGCUAAAUGCAAAGGGGUGAAGGAAGCCAACAUGCCUCUGUACUGCAGCUGCGCAGGAGACUUCAAGCUCUCCUUCAGCACAAAGAGCUUCACAGAGCAGGUCGACGUGUUCAGGAGCAUCGCUGCACAUUACAACAUGAACUUCCUGCUGGAGACCAUCGACUGGAUCCUGAGGAUGAACAGCUAGUGUGUGUGUGUGUGUGUGCGUGUGAAAUAACUGCAAGUGAUCAGAGUGUAUUUAGAGAUUUUGUAGCACUUGGAAAUAUAUUUAAAAGUAAGGCUUUUUGUACAAGUUUUGAUGUAACAAACCUAUUUUGUAUUAAGAUGUAUUUAGGUACAGUGUUUACCUAAACAAUGAUGAUAGUGUUUUUGGGAUAAAAUAUUUUGAAGUAUUUGAAUAUGAAAUAAAACCUUGGCUUGUGUAAUUAA